GCGGAUGGAAGUCGACGGAAUCGAUUCUCUCGGCUGUCGUCGAGCUUCGACAUCACGGAUCAUUCUCCUAAGAUGACGCCUAAGGCAGCAAGGAAAAGGUCAGAAAGUUUUCACCUAGAAGAGGACGAGAAUAGUCAAGACAGAAGCCCGAAGAAAAUCGCUACGGAAAGGCAGCGAUCCUUGAUUUUGGACAAGUUUUCUAUGGACAAGAUUGCUCACGAGGAGGAGGGUUGGGCGGUUGCCGGUUCUGGAGGCGCACGGAAAAAUCGCAGGAAGAAGAAGGAUAAGAGUGGCCGACGCGACUUAGAGUCCGUUGAGUCAGUCGUGAGCUCGAGUCCUGAGGAGUCGGCUAAGUCUUCUGGUUCGAGCUCCUCUAACAACGUGAGUAUGGUAUCAGCUGCGCCAUCGGUCGAGUUCAACAUUAGCAGCAGCAGUAGCACUGCACAGAAGUCUCUAUUCAAGUCUACCAAGGAGCUCUUCGCUCCUGAGGAGACAGGGUUACCCAACUUCGCGCCUGAGGAGUAUAUCGACGGUGCGUAUUACAUGCGGAAGGGAGGUAGGCAUUCACACACCAAAGAACAGAAGCAGGAGUGGGGCGCGAGGAAACAGCGGGAGCAGCAGUUUCGUAUCGAGAAGAGGAACAAUCAGCGAGAGGCUCAACGGUCUGCGGAAGCCCAACAGAAGCUGUUGAGAUCGGAAGCGAGAGAGGCGGUUGAGGCAAAGGAGAAGAAAACGGAGGAACGUACUCGUCUUGGCCGACGGAGCGAAGCAUGAAGUUAGCUGUCUGUUGCCCGAUUUAAGUUCUACUUUUUAUCUGUACAAUAAAUAGGUAUUUCAUA